AUGAUGUCUCUGGAGCUAUACAGCAAGGGGGCGAGUGUGUGGAUCCCUGACCCAGAUGCAGUUUGGGUGUCAGCCGUGCUCCUCCAGGACUACAGUCCUGGAGACAAACAUGUACUGCUGCAGCUCUCUAAUGGAAAGGAGGCACAUUACCCAGUGGUGUCCCCCUCUGAUCUCCCCCCGCUGGGGAACCCCGACAUCCUGGAGGGGGAAAAUGAUCUGACAGCUCUCAGCUUCCUCCAUGAACCUGCCGUUUUGCACAACCUGCGGGUUCGAUUCCUGGAUUACAGCAGCAUCUACACCUACUGUGGUAUUGUGUUGGUGGCCAUCAAUCCCUAUGACCAGCUCCCCAUAUAUGGAGAGGAGGUGAUAGACGCUUACAGCGGUCAGGACAUGGCCGACAUGGAACCUCACAUCUUUUCUGUGGCUGAGGAAGCCUACCGCACUAUGACCAGGGAGGAGAAGAACCAGUCUAUCAUCAUCAGUGGAGAGUCUGGCUCGGGGAAAACAGUCUCGGCCAAAUUCACCAUGCGAUACUUUGCUGUGGUCGGAGGAGCAGCUCAGCAGACCAGCGUGGAGGAGAGAGUUCUGGCCUCCAACCCAAUAAUGGAGUCCAUUGGGAAUGCUAAAACCACACGUAAUGACAACAGCAGUCGUUUUGGGAAGUACAUCGAGAUCGGCUUUGGCAGAAAAGGGGACAUCAUCGGAGCAAACAUGAGGACAUACUUGCUGGAGAAGUCAAGGGUUGUCUUCCAAGCAUCAGCAGAGAGGAACUACCACAUCUUCUACCAGCUGUGUGCCUCCAGAGAAUUACCUGAAAUGAGAACCCUUAAACUAGAUGCACCUGAGCAUUUCCACUACACCAGCCAGGGAGGAGAGAUGCAGAUUCCUGGAACUGAUGAUUUGUCGGAUUUUGAACGCACUCGCAGUGCUUUCACCGUUCUGGGUGUGCAGCCUGACCAGCAGAUGGAGCUCUUCAGGAUCCUGUCAGCUGUUCUGCACCUGGGAAAUGUCAACAUCCAGGCCAGUGGGAGAAAUUCUGACCGGAGUUAUAUUGAUGCAGACGACCGCCCUCUGGCUGUCUUCUCCAAGCUGUUAGGAGUGGAAGGACCUCAGAUGGCCCACUGGCUGUGCCAUCGCAGACUGGCUGUAGGGGGAGAGAUGCUGGUCAAACCCGUGUCCGGCCAGCAGGCUGUAGAGGCCAGAGAUGCUUUGGCCAAACAUAUCUACGGCCAGCUGUUCACAUGGACUGUCCAGAGGCUCAACUCUGCUCUGCGCACACAGAGGGGACACACCAAAUCCUUUAUAGGGGUACUCGACAUCUAUGGGUUUGAGACCUUUGACCGGAACAGUUUUGAGCAGUUCUGUAUAAACUAUGCGAAUGAAAAACUGCAACAGCAAUUCAACAGGCAUGUGUUCCACUUGGAGCAGGAGGAGUACAUCCGAGAAGAGCUGGCCUGGAGCAGGAUCGAGUUCAGUGACAAUCAGCAGUGCAUCAAUCUCAUAGAGGGACAACUGGGCCUGUUUGAUCUUUUAGACGAGGAGUGCAGGAUGCCCAAAGGUUCAGAUGUGAGCUGGGUGCAGAAGCUGUACGACCAACACCUGACCGGCAAACCUCACCCUCACUUCCAGAAACCUCGCAUGUCCAACAGCGCCUUCGUUGUUCUGCACUUUGCUGACACGGUGCAGUAUGAAUGCGAUGGCUUCUUAAACAAGAAUCGAGACACAGUCUUUGAGGAGCUCAUUAACAUCCUCAAAGCAAGUCAGGUAGACAUGUGUGACCUGGUGGCCGAGUUGUUCCAGCAGCAGGGAAAUGUUCCCUCUGUGGCUAAUGGAAGUGUUCGUUCAGGAAAGAGAGCCAUCAGAGAACAUAAACUGACAGUGGGCUUCCAGUUUCGUCAGUCCUUACAGAUGCUGAUGGACACUCUAAACAGCACCACUCCUCACUACGUCCGCUGCAUUAAACCCAACGACCUCAAAGAACCUUUCAUGUUUGACCCUAAAAGGACAGUCCAGCAGCUGCGAGCCUGCGGGGUGUUGGAGACGAUCCGCAUCAGUGCUGCAGGUUUUCCAUCCAGAUGGACGUACGAGGAGUUCUUCUGCAGGUACCGUCUUCUGCUCCCAGGCCCUCAGAACCAGGACCAGGCCCAGGCCUUGUGCAGACGGGCCCUGCCUGAGCUCAUCCAGGACCCAGACCAGUACUGCUUUGGAAAGACCAAAGUAUUUUUCCGUGCUGGUCAGGUGGCUCUUCUGGAGAGACUGAGAGCUGAGAGGCUGCGUGUUGCUGCUGUGAUCAUCCAGAGCCGGGUCAGAGGAUGGCUGGCACGGAUCAGAUACACCAGGAUCUGCUGGGCAGCUGUCACCAUACAGAGAUACUGCAGAGGAGCUCUGGCCAGACGACUGGCCCUGACCCUGCGCUACACCAAGGCUGCUUUAGUAAUUCAGAAGACUUACCGCAUGGUGGUGGUCAGACAGUUGUUCCUCAUGAUCCGACAGGCCACCAUCACCAUCCAGGCCUUCACCAGGGGCACACUGGCACGCUGCAGAUACAGACUGUUGUUGGCGGAGCGGGCUGCAGUGUUGCUUCAGGCCAGAGUGCGUGGGUGGUUGGCGAGGCAGGCGUACAGGCGAGUACGCGUGGCAGUGGUGUUCAUGCAGUGCUGCGUGCGCCGCAGGGCUGCCAGGAGGGAGCUGAUGAAGCUAAAGACGGAGGCCCGCUCAGUGGAGAGGUACAGAGAGCUCAACAAGGGCAUGGAGGUCAAACUGAUGCAGCUGCAGUUAAAAGCAGACCAGGAGGCCAGGGAGAGUGCAGCUUUGAGGGAGACCCUGCAUGCAGAGCGAGAGGCCAGCAGUGUUGAGCUCGAGGCUCUGAGGGCGAUGAUACAGAAACUAGAGAGCCAGAUACAGGAGAAGCCUCAGCCUGGUCCCGUCAUCAGCGAGAAGGAGAUGGAGGAAAGACGGAGAGCUGAGGAGAAGGCUGCCCAGGAGAUCCUUCAGCUCACACAAGAAUUACAAGCCCUGAAGAGAGAGAAGGACAGUUUCUGCAAAGAAAGAGAGGAUCUCAGUGCUCGCCUGCUUGAACAAGAAAAAGCUCAAGAAGAGUGUGUGGAUCAGGCUGCGUCUCAGGCGAGUGCAGCUCUGAGGGCGGAGCUGGAUGAGGAGAGGAGAAAGUAUCAGGGUCUCCUGAGAGAGUUCACCAGACUGGAACAGAGAUACGACAACCUCAGGGAGAUGAGUCUGCUCACCGAGCGCACCAAGGGCCACAGAAGGACGGACUCCACUCAGAGUCUGAGCUUGGAGCCUCUUUCUCCUCUCUCGCCCUCCCCCACUCCGCUGUCACCCCAGUCUCUCACCCCACUCUCACUGUCACCCUUCCCAUCUGCCUUCCCUUCCCCGGAGGAGGUCCGCAGGGUCAGCGUGACGUCUCACUGCUUGGAGAGGAGAGUCUCAGUCUGGAGCUGCGACACGCCAAUGGACCAGUUGAUGGAGAGGAUGGACGUGGCCAAAGACCCGACAGUGAAGAUGAAAGGAGAGGACCUGGCACACGCUUACGAUGCUGUACGAGUGGCCAACAAGUUUCUGGAGAGCCAGCUGCGUAGCCAGCGCAGUCAGAGGGAGGAGGAGCUGGAGGCUCUGAGGUGCCAGCUUAGUCAAGCGAUCUCUAGCUCUUCCUCUGCUGCACAGAGACAGAAACUGCAGGAGCUACUGGAGGCCAGAGAGCAGGAGUGUGUCAGACUGAGGAGAGAGCUGAAGGAGCUUAAAAACACAGUGUCACUCAGACGACUCCUGACUCAAGUUCUCCCAUCAGCUCUCACCCCAGAGACGCUGUCCUCUCCCUCUCGACCGAAGCCAACAGUCACUGGUUUGCUGGAAUGUAGGAAAAGAGAUGAAACCAAGCUCAUGAAGAACCUCAUCACAGACAUCCGUGUUGACAGCGCCCUGUCUCUGCCGCCUGGCCUGGCUGCCAGCGUGCUCUUCCUGUGCGUUCGUCAGGCUGACUGUAACGGAGACCAAACUCACACCCGCUCACUUUGCAGCGCAGCUGUCACCGCUAUGAAGGCAGCUCUGAAGAAACAUAAUAAUGAUGUAGAUAUGACAGCUCUGUGGUUGAAGAACACCUGUCUGUUGCAUGACCUGUUGACCCAACACUCCCCAAAACAGGCCCUUGAUUCAGAUGAACUGGUCCCACUGAACACUGAUCUGAGUGACCUGAUCCGUGCCCUGAGUGACCUCUGCAUCCAGGCCUAUCAGCAGCUCCUCUCCAUCACUGAAAAACGCCUCCAAAACAUCAUAGUCCCCUCUCUGUUGGAGAGUGAGACCAUACCAGGUCUGUCUGGCUCGGCAGUAAAGUUGGGAAUGUCCAGAAAGCGAGCAGGCUCGGACCCCAGGACCGUGGGAGGCGAUGCUCCUACUAUGGCGGCGGUGCUGAGGGAGCUGGGAGCACUUCACACAGCUUUGUCCCGUCAGGAUCUGCCCCCAACACAGAUGGAGCAGGCCUUCCACCAGAUCACCUACCUCAUCUCUGCCUCUGCUCUCAACAGCCUGCUGCUGAGGAAAGACAUGUGCUGCUGGAGCCGUGGCGUGCAAAUACGUUAUAAUGUGAGUCUCCUGGAGGAGUGGCUGCGGAGCCGAGGUCUGCAGGCAGGUGGAGCUGUGGCCACACUGGAGCCUGUCAUCCAGGCAGCUCAGCUGCUGCAGACUGGGAAAAAGACCGAGGCGGAAGCACAGGCUCUUGUUCAGACCUGCACUGCCCUGUCCAGCCAGCAGAUUGUAAAGAUCCUGACCCUCUACACUCCCAACAGUGACCUUGAUGAAAGAGUCACACUGAACUUCAUCCGAACUGUCCAGGGGCUUCUCAAAGGUCGUUCUGAUGGUCAUCCUCCGCAGCUCCUCAUGGAUGUGAGGCGAGUGUUUCCAGUCACAUUUCCCUACAUGCCUCCCCCAGUCCUCCAUGCUGAGCAGUUAGUCAUCCCAGACUCCCUCAAGAUCUCCUUUCUUCGCAGAGUCUAGAACAGGAAGCCUUGCCUCUUCAGAGAAAACAUAUGAAUGUUAAAGCAAAUUUGAGUUCCCAGCGCACUGGAUUUUACCGUUUGAAAUUUAAAUAACUUCCAGGAGGUGUUGUGAGCUUGGUUCCUCUCUCUGAUUUUUAAUGGCAUUGAGAUGUUUAAUUAUACCGUCAAUUACCAGUGGAUUAGUGUGUACACUGUAGAAGGUCAGCGUUUAUUUCAAAAAUGUAUAUCUCAGCUAAAUGGGAUGAAUGCUAAUGAAGAAUAGGAAUAUAAAGUGUUCCUUUAAAAAAUAAAAGAAUUGUACAAAAUUAGGCAGUCAGGUAAGGAAUAGCAAUGGUGCAGCUCUGUCUCAUUAUAGUUGGACAAACAAGCAAUGAGACAGAGUUUUUUUUCUUCAUAUUUUAUUGGAAGCAGAAACACAAUGAGACUGCAGUCCCAGUAACCUCAACCCCCAAUAAGAACAACCAGAAUAAAAAAAACGCAAAAAAUUAGAAACAUCUCGUGUAUAAAAAAAUUCUCAUGCGAGUACUUUGUACCACUACACAUCAUCAGUAAUACAUAUUUAUAUAUUCACAAACAUUUGAAAAAUAGAAAACAAUAAUGAAAUAUCAAAAUAAAAGAAGACAACAAUUGGCAAUUAACAUCAAAUAAUUAUGCGUGCUGGCACAAUAAAUUUUUUUCUUUUUGUUUUAUUGUUCCUGUCAUGCACCUUUUCUGGAAGUAUGGGACCGGCGUCGCUGUGCAGCUGUCUGUGUGGCCUGGUCAGCUAGACAGAACAGAUCAUGCAUGUCUGCCCGCUCUUUGUCUGUGUGCUUUUCAUUGUGCUUCUACAUUUAUCCUUGUCCUUAACUUCUGUGUGCAUUCCUGUCCCACAUGCCAGUCCAAUACCCCAACACGCAAACUGAGCCUCUGACCGAGGAGACUAAAGUAUCAUUGUCAACAGCAAUAAAUAAAGAUUUUUUCGUGGCAUUUCCAGCUAUGUGACAGUUGUGUACCUGUUAUUUAAAGUUAUUAAAAGACUGUGCGAUGUUUCCUUGAAUAAAAAGACCCUGUGCACACCAGAGAGUAAAAACAUGUUUAGAUUUGGUUUACAUAGAUAGGUAGUUUUACUUAUAUACCUACAUGAUGAUUUAUAAUGCCAGUAUAAGUCAGGAGUUGGUCGUGUAUUUAUUUGGCUUUCAAUCGAGCCAAUUAAAGGAAUACGUCAACCACAAAUUGACAAUUUGUAUAUCAAAUAUUCACCCUGUGCUAUGUUGAAUUUGUGAAGAAAUGUUUUACUAGCAUGCUUUUGGUGAACAAAGAAUCCAAAAACUGAUCAAAUUCUUGAUAGAGGAUUCCGCGUUUGACAACAGCAAAAUGGUAUCAAAACAUCAGUUGACAAACUCUGACAACUUGUGCAGAAUAAUCCAAGUCUCAUUUAUCCAGUCAUAUGCUCAGUAUUUCUUACACAUAUGAGCACGUUCCCACACCGAAGUGAUCAAAAUCUGAUGCUUGGGCAGUGACUAGCAGCGUCAGAAACCAAAGACAAAAGCCGUCCUUUAACGUUGGCAUGAUACGCGGCCGGUUGCUGUGUUUUUGUUGCCUAAACCCAACCACGUGUGUUUGUUGGUUAAGGAAAAAUAACAUUCAUUUGCUGUGUUUUACCGAUGUAGUACAUUUAUUUUGAAAGAGACUGUAUGUAAAAGUAAAAUUUCCUGUGAACAAGGAAGUGUAUCUUGACAGAAGAGAACUUGACACGGUGUCCCAGAACGUCAACAACCAACGCACCCAGGGUACCUUGUACAUCGUAUGUGGACGUAGAAAGUCCAUGACCAGUCCAUGAUCACAUCAAUAUGUGACGAGGUUGGAGUGAGAAUUUGUUGAACUGACAGCCCUUUCCGACGGGGAACUGAACUAAAAGUGAAACAUAACUAAUGCUCUCUUCCAAGCCAGACUCCAUUUACGAAAACAGUAAUUUUACCUCUCUGAACACUGGAGCUGCUGGCCCACCACUGCCUUGAUCAGUUACUCUGUUUGUGUUGUUGUGUGACUUUGGUGAAUCCUAACUCACUCUUUCAAACACCAAAGUCACACAAUAACACAAACAAACUAAUUGC